AUGGAUAAAUACCAUCCUGGUUACUUCGGUAAGGUCGGUAUGAGACACUUCCACCUACUCAGAAACCACUACUGGAAGCCCUCCAUCAACCUUGACAAGCUCUGGUCGCUGGUCCCUGAGGAGACCCGUGAGGCCUACGUCUCUGGCAAGAAGACCGAUACCGCUCCCGUCCUUGACCUCCUCCCUCUCGGAUACUCCAAAGUCCUUGGAAAGGGCCGCAUUCCCAACAUCCCGAUCGUUGUAAGAGCAAGGUGGUUCAGCAAAGAGGCCGAGCGAAAGAUCAAAGAGGCCGGGGGUGUGGUCGAGUUGGUGGCAUGA